UGGUGUAUACUAUAUACAGGUGUGUACUAUAUACUGGUGUGUACUAUAUACUGGUGUGUACUAUAUACUGGUGUGUACUAUAUACUGGUGUGUACUAUAUACUGGUGUGUACUAUAUACUGGUGUGUACUAUAUACUGGUGUAUACUAUAUACUGGUGUGUACUAUAUACUGGUGUGUACUAUAUACUGGUGUGUACUAUAUACUGGUGUGUAUUAUAUACAGGUGUAUACUAUAUACUGGUGUGUACUAUAUACUGGUGUGUACUAUAUACUGGUGUGUACUAUAUACUGGUGUGUACUAUAUACUGGUGUGUACUAUAUACUGGUGUGUACUAUAUACAGGUGUGUACUAUAUACUGGUGUAUACUAUAUACUGGUGUGUACUAUAUACUAGUGUAUACUAUAUACUGGUGUUGUGUACUAUAUACAGGUGUGUACUAUAUACUGGUGUGUACUAUAUACUGGUGUGUACUAUAUACAGGUGUGUACUAUAUACUGGUGUGUACUAUAUACUGGUGUGUACUAUAUACUGGUGUGUACUAUAUACUGGUGUGUACUAUAUACUGGUGUGUACUAUAUACUGGUGUGUACUAUAUACUGGUGUGUACUAUAUACUGGUGUGUACUAUAUACUGGUGUGUACUAUAUACUGGUGUAUACUAUAUACUGGUGUGUACUAUAUACUGGUGUGUACUAUAUACUGGUGUGUACUAUAUACUGGUGUGUACUAUAUACUGGUGUAUACUAUAUACUGAUGUGUACUAUAUACUGGUGUGUACUAUAUACUGGUGUAUACUAUAUACAGGUGUGUACUAUAUACUGGUGUAUACUAUAUACAGGUGUGUACUAUAUACUGGUGUGUACUAUAUACUGGUGUAUACUAUAUACAGGUGUGUACUAUAUACUGGUGUAUACUAUAUACAGGUGUGUACUAUAUACUGGUGUGUACUAUAUACUGGUGUGUACUAUAUACUGGUGUGUACUAUAUACUGGUGUGUACUAUAUACUGGUGUGUACUAUAUACUGGUGUAUACUAUAUACUGGUGUA